CGCUUACGACUUGUUGCAACAUCAACAACUCCGGGACGGCAAUUAAAGAAACACGUCGAAAAACAGGAAUUCUGGUUUAGUUAGUGAGGCAAGAUGAGCGUGACUGUGACCAAGGGUAACGGAGUCACCAUUUACACGGUGACGUCUGACAGCCAAAGUUGCUUGCCUCCAUUUUGCCAACUCUUCAAGCAGAUGUGCUACAGCCCCAGGUGUUGUUCGGUGUCCCAGCGCAUGAAGACCACCAUGGGCUCUUCUCAAGCUCUGCUGGGGAGCCUGCAGAUCGCCGUGGGUCUGAUGACCAUCGCCAUCGGCAUCCUCCCCUUGUUCGCAGGUUACAGAGACCCCUGGUGGGACAUGUGGGUCAACUUGUUCUCCUUAUGGAUGGGCUUGGUGUUUGUGCUUUUCGGCGCCUUCUGCAUUUUCUCUCAGAAGUACCCAAGUCCGUGUCUGCUCAUCAUCAACGCGAUUUUGAACCUCAGCGGCGUGGUUUUCGCCUUGGUCAACAUCGUCCUCUGCGCAAUCAACAUGGUCGUGAUAGACAUAUGGGACGUGUGCGAGUUCAGCAAAGAUGACUACUCCAACAGCGGGCCGAGCGGACACGAAAGAGACUUGAAGGAGCGAUGCCUGGAAGCCAAAGACCUGCUUCUUAUGUUCCUGAAAGCCAUCAACGGAAUUCUGCUGGUGUUGGCUGUCUUGGAGCUGUGCUUGGUGCUCUCUUCCUCCAUUUUGACCAUCAAAGCUCUGAGGAGCAACGAUAAGAUCCCCGAAGACGUGAAAGAAGACCAAACUUCCCUGGAGUUCCGAGAUAAGCAAGUUCUCGUCAAACCUUCCGUCUAAAAUCCGAGAAAUAUUUCAUGUUUAUUACGCUUUUUGCACUAUAAGUCAUGCAAAAUAAGAGACAAAGCGCAAACACUAUACAUCAUAGUAUUAAGUAUAAAAAAUCAGGCCUGAGUAUACGUUGCAAAAAAAAAAGUGCACUUUAUAGUCAGAAAAAUAUGCUACUUGCAGUUGAUUCAAUUUUUUUUAUAAACUGAGGUAAGUUUCUAUAUUUGUAAUCUGCUUUUGCAAUAAUUCUACAGUAUUUUUGUUGUUAUUGACCCCCCCUUGAUACCGGAAUUUACGUUUACCAAAUAUACAUGAAAAAGCAUUGGGGGAAAUGGAUAAUAAAUACAGAAUUUUAUAUCCAAAAUAACAUUGACAAGUGCUAAUAAAAAUGGGAAAAUCCUAUAUUCAAAAAUCAAAAUAUAGGCAAGGCAAAUUAUUUGUAUCGCACAAUUCAGCACGAUAGCUAAAAGUGCUUUACAAUACAUUCAAAAGUCACAUUAAAUCAUCAAGAUUGUUAAAAACAAAACAAAUCCACCAAAUAAUAAAAAUGAAGCCAUAAAAAAAGUCAUUUGAACUGUAUUAUCUUAUAUAUUAAUUAUUAGGGCUGUCAAAUUUAUCGCGUUAACGGUCGGUGAUGAAUUUUUUCAAUUAAUCAUGUCAAAUAUUUAACGCAUUUAACGCAUGCGCGGAAUGACUCACUAAACCAUUGCCGCAACAGACUACAGUGGCGCCCUUUUUUUUUGUACAUUGAGAGGUAAGAGGCAGAGAAAUCAUUGGGGCCGCACUAUUUAUCGGCAUAAGCUUUGGCGACUCUUCCACAACAAGCAUAACUAUUGUGGCGAGCGAUGUGGGGAAGAUUGACAUGAGAUGAUCUUUUUCUUAACACGCUUCAUUGAACACAACGCAGAACACAUACCAUUUGCAGCCACCACUGACAGUCAUGGUUGCCCAACUUCCUCUCAUGCAUUUGGGCGGAACAGUUAAGUCGCUACAGUAUCAUUUACUGAACGCACAACAAAAAAUAAUAUUCCUAUCUCUCAAAAAAAAACAAUGCUCACAAAAAGAAAAGCGCUCAAUGCAAAGAGAACUGGCAUUCCCUAUCAAAAUAUCUAUGCAAAAUACACAUAAAACUUCACAAAUACACUAGAUGGCAAUAUAUUUACCAUUUCCAUUUAGUCACAAUAUAUAAACUAUCAGAGGUCUCGUAUGUUGUAAAGUCUAGACGCAAAUGAUCGUAAGGUACAAUGAACCCGGAAACUACGCCGUCAGUUGAGGGGCAAAACGCACUAGAAAAACAUUGCUAGAUCUCUAAUUAAUUUAAAACUGGCCCAUGACACCUUGUGGUGUAUUUCAGUCACUACCUUACAUAGUUAAAGACAUUGUGGAAGAACGGAUUUGAUUGAAAAUUUGCAAAUUUUAUGAAAAUGAAAACAUACAGAGGGGUUUUAAUAUAAAAUUACUAUAACUUGUACUCACAUUUAUCUUUUAAGAACUACAAGUCUUUCUAUCUGUGGAUCCCUUUAAUAGAAAGAAUGUUAAUAAUGUUAAUGCCAUCUUGUGGAUUUAUUGUUAUAAUAAACAAAUACAGUACUCAUGUAUAGUAUGUUGAAUGUAGGCCUGAACGAUAUUGGAAAAAACUAAUGCUGCGAUUUUUUGGGGGGGUUUGCGAUAUAUUGCGAUAUUAUAUUGCGAUAUUAAAAAAUAUGUAUAUAUAUUUUUUUCAAGAAAUUUUCACAAGAUGACUUAAAUAGCUGUUUGGAAAGACUUUAGAUGACUCACCAUCACCACAGUGUACAGUCAUCCCUUGUUUUUCGCGGUUAAUGGGGACCAGAACCCGGCGCGAUAAGUGAAAAACCGCGAAGUAGCGCACGACCCCCAUUUUUUGUGUGUGUGUGUGUGUGUGUGUGUGUUUUGUGCCCAAUGUAUUUAUUCCGAUUUACCAUUGGAAAGAGAUACAUAUAAGACAUGUUUUUUUCUCACUUUUCCCCCCAAAGUGAUUUAAAAAAUGUAUAUAAAUAAAUGUUUUUUAAGCACUUCAAAAGUCAUAAUUAUGAUGUUUUAAACAUAACUGUCCAACCAAAUCAUUUUUGAACAAGAAUAAAGUACUGUAGCAGAUAAAUCCUUGGAUUUAUUAAAUACUCAAAGCAACAAAAUUCGAAUAUUUUUUUCUAAUCGAAUACGAGUUAAUCGAUUAAUCGGUGCAGCACUAAUAUACAUAUAAAGAAAAACAUUUUUUUUAAUCUUACAUUUUUUUUGUUGUAGAAGUAUCAUUUUUAGCUUCUUUUUUUUUUAAAUGUUAUUUUCUUAUGAACACCUAUGUAUUAACGAAUUUCAUAAAUGUAAAUUCAGCUAUCAAGGGGUUAAAAUGAGUGAUUUUUAUAGUCGAUGAACGACGCAUUUUUGC